AUGUCUGUAGUGGCAAUCCUUCUAGUGGUAUUCCAGAUAUCUAUACAGGACAUGAUUCGAUCUGUGAGCAACCUGCAUGUGGGCUGCAGAUAA